AUAGGCCAUGUUCUCACGCUCAUCUUUGGCUUGUUGUACCUCGUAACCUUUUGGCGAGGGAGUAAGGCCGUGGGCUUCUUCUACAACGUGGCGUUUGUCGGUGCCUCCUUCUCCUUCGGGAUCGUUUUUGUGAACGAUGUUGUCAAAGCGAAGCGUUUUAGGGUACCACGUGCCUUAUUGUCCGACGAUAACGUUCAUUACUUUGUAUUGGCCAGUUUCUGGCUCCUCCUCGCGCCGGUGACCACCUUGGCGUUGCCUCCGUUCGUGUUGUUUUCCUUCUUCCAUGUCUUGACUUACACUAGAUCCACCUUGUUACCGCUUUUUCUGACCUCCACUAGUCUCUCUGACAGGAUUUACAGAUUUGUGCGCGAAUACAAUGACAAGUCAUUGGAAGCUGCGGCGUUCUUAGAGUUAGUUUUGUUAAUGUGGCUCAUUGCCAGGUGUGUUGCCUUUCGCCACAAGUCUCUUGCCACGUUGCUUGUCUUCUCUUUCUUUGCCAAGUUGAGAUACGAAAACUCCAUCUUCACCCGCCAGGUCAUAAAGAGCUGGGAGUUUCAGGUAGACACAAUGGUGGCCAAGCACGAACUUCCCCCUGCUGUUAAGAGCACUUGGAUCAGUGUCAAGCAGAUCAUCAGAAACUACGUGGGGCAUCCAUUGGCCGCCAAGGUCGAGGAGAAGACUAAGUAA